AUGUGUGCAUCUGUGCAAUUCUUGCGGCUGCAGCGCAAGGAGGCUCAGGUGAGAAUCGGAGAGAGAGGCUCCGCGCAUCCUCCACAGGAAGCCGGCUCCAUGGCCCAGGGUGGACCAGUCGAUCUGCGUUAUCUGAAGCAAGUCCCUGCUGCCCCCUUGCAGACCGUGCUCGACGCUUGGGUCCACCUGAAUGCGACUUGGGGUCCAUCCGAUACCCAAACGGCCAAUGCGGCGCUGGAGUCGCGCCUGGAGGAGCUCUGGGCCUCGCAGCCCGAAGCGGCGGCGCGGUGCCUGGAACUCGAGCCAUCCGAGGGAUCCCGGGAGGCGAAGCUGGCCGAGGCGCUGAGCCGCUACGCCCGGGUCCUUCACGGCCCAAAUUUUGGUGCGGCUGCGAGUGGAGGGAGCUGGGGGAUUCCGCCACGGUUCGACGCUCGCUGCGAGGGGCUGGCCGGGCGCCUCAUUACGGCCGAGGCCAAGGCCGGGGAGGCGAAGCGGCGGCGCCUCGAGGAGAGCGCGAGCUCCGCUUCGAGGGAACUUCAGGCGGCCAAGGAGGAGAUCGCAGGGCACCAGCAACGUGAGGAGGAGCUUACGGUGCGCGUGGCCGAGCUCGAGGCCGCUGCCUCAGAGAAAUCCGUGGAGCUCCAGGCGGUGCACGAGGAGCGCGCUCGGCUCGCAGAUCGCCUUGGGGAGGCAGAAUCGGAGGUCCAGGCUGCGCAGGACGAAGCGGUCAAGCACAAGGAGCAGCAGCAGCAACUGGAAGCUCGAGUGCUCGCACUGGAGGCCGAGAAGGCGGCUCAGCUCCAAGCCUCCAAGGAGGAGCGCAGGCAGCUCGCAGAGCGUUUCGCUGCAGCAGAGGCUGAGAUCUGUCAGCAGACGGUUAAAAGCGAGCAGCUCGUGCGUAAGGUUGCCACGUCAGAGGCAGUUGCAACGGAGAGUCAAGCAGAGCUGCGAAAGGUGCACGAGCUCCUCUCGAGACUCCAGGCUGAGGGUUGCCACAGAAGCUCUGCAGAAGAUCAGGCGGGAAGGAACGUCAACGUGCAAUCCAUGCUUCUCGAAAACGCCGUCUACAAGGAUCGCUGUGAACAACUCAAGGUGGAAACCAGUGCAAAGAUGGACAGGAUCCAGAUUCUUUCAGAAGAUUUGGGCAGGUACAAGGAGCGCUGCGAUCAGCUGCAGCAGCAGCUGACCGAGGCCAAGAAGCCAGCUGGGUGCUUGAGCGUGAGCGGACGGCCCCUGGUGCAUCCAAGCCAUGAGCGCAGCUCUCCCUGCAGUGAGGAGUCGUGGGUGCAUUUGAGUGAUGCGGGCUGCUUCAUGGCCGACGCAAGCUUCAAAGACGAGAACGGCGUCCUGAUCCCCAUCAAGGACCUCCGUGAAGGCUCGAGGAUCAUGGCUGCUGAUGGUACGGUGGUGGCAAUCGCCACACCUCCGGAGCAGCAGCAGGCCAGCAAGACCGUGCUGCUGCAAGCCGGCACCGCCACGCUGCAGGUCACGCUGGACCACCGCGUGGCCCUCCCGGUGGAAGCACGCCGGUUCCGCGUGGGCCAGGAGGUCCUGGUCCAGGGCGUCCCCACGGAGCUGACGAGCGUGGAUGUGCUCGAGGGGCCCGUGGAGGUGUGGGCCAUCUCCUUCAAGCCCGACCUGCCCGUCGAAGUCUACAAGGCGUCCAUCCAGAGCCAUGGGCACCGGCUGAAGCCGGCCCGCCGCGCGAACCGCCGUGCCCGCAGCGAGGACGCGCGCUCGAUCCCUGCCACCGAGUGCGAGCUCGCCUCCAACAUCAAUUGGAGCCAGCAGUCUGUGCAAGCUAAGCGGCAAGCAGCGUGCGAUCUUGAGUGCAUUUGCCAGGUUCGCGGCGUGCACAGUCAGAAGACACUUGUGAAAGUCUCUGCCGGAGGGAGCGAGAAGGCCCACUGCGGUGUCUUCAGAAAGUCGGCGAGCUCAGGGCAAAACGUAGAGGAGGCCUCUGAUGAUUUGCACAAGAUGGUUGAGGGCUGGGGGCUUCUGCAGGUAAAGGUGGGUGGACGGCUGGAGGACAGGAACUUGCUGUGGAGUGUGAUGGGCUUCCGGCCAGGUGUGCAGCGCUCAGCGACCGUGCUCGAUGCUUGGGUCCACCUGAAUGCGACUUGGGGUCCAUCCGAUACCCAAACGGCCAAUGCGGCGCUGGAGUCGCGCCUGGAGGAGCUCUGGGCCUCGCAGCCCGAAGCGGCGGCGCGGUGCCUGGAACUCGAGCCAUCCGAGGGAUCCCGGGAGGCGAAGCUGGCCGAGGCGCUGAGCCGCUACGCCCGGGCCGAGCGGCAGCGAUGCUUUGUGAACUCCUUCACGGCCCAAGGCUUGGUGCGAGCGGAGGGGAUGCGUGGGGUUGCGGCAGAGUUCGACGCUCGCUGCCGGGGGCUGGCCGGGCGCCUGGCGGCGGCCGAGGCUGCUGCGAAAGCAAGGCAGUGCAAGCAGUGCAAACGGCGCCGUCUGGAAAGUUCGAUCUCGUCCUUGGGCCAGCCUUGCCAUCUGUUGGCAGGCCGUGUGAUUGAACUGGAGGUUGCAGCUUCCGAGAAGGCAGCCAAGCUUCAGGCAGUGCAGGCAGAGCAAAGCCAGCUGGCAGCUCGCCUGGGAGAGCUCUGCAAGCAGCAGGCUGCUCGCGUUGCCAAGCUGGAGGUCACGCUUUCCGAGAAGACUGCAGAGCUCCUAGCAGUGAGUGAGGAGCGCGAUCGGCUUGCAGAUCGGCUGGGAGAGGCAGAGGCGCAACUCCGGGCAGCACCAGACGAAGUCGCCAAGCAAAGUGAGCAAGGCAAACAGCUGUUGCGCACGCCCGACCAGCUGGGAUGCAUCGUUGAGGAUGAUGUGGCUUCCGUGCUCAGCAGCUCGUCUUGGUUCCUGGUUAAGCAGCACUGCUUCAUGAUGGAUGCCAUCUUCAAAACACGCAGCUACAGCAUGGAUUUCUUCGUGAUGGGCAAGGACCUCACCAUCGGAUCCCAGGUGGUUGCAGGUGAUGACGAGACCUUGCUGAAGGUUGCCAAGACUCCGGAGGUCUGUCAUGCUACGGAAGUGAUCCUCUUGAAGGCCGGGGUGGCAAGCUUGCAGGUGACCAAAGACCACCUCAUUCAAGUGCCUACCUUAGACUUAGAUGGCAGCACGCGCUACGCCCAAGCCGGUACCCUCAGGCAUGGUGAUAUGGUCAUGCUGGAUUCGGGGGAGCCUGUGGCCCUCACCAGUGUGGAACCCAAGUCUGUGGAGUGUGAGGUGCUAAAGAUCGUCUUUGAACCUGACCUGCCCGUGGCCGUCUUCUCCUGCCCGCCCUGCAUCCUCAGCAAAGGCCACAAGAAGAAGCCGCCCACCCGCCGUGGCGGGAUGUGCCAGAGGGUCAUCCCGACACAGUCGCAGGCUCGGCCAGUAGAUGGAGCCUCCAUCCCCAUCACAGCGGGCGAGUACAUGGACUGA